UUCUAAAAUAAAAAUACAAUUAUAAUUAUAAAUAUAAUUGUUUUAUCCAUUUAUUUGUCCCAUUGUAUUUUUUUAUCGAGAUAAAAGAUAAGUGACUUGACCUCCGUUGUUUUAAUAAAUGAUAAUCAGUCGAGUUUUAACUUCAAAAUGGGUGAAACUAAGCUUACUAUUGAAGAAAUCAAUUCAAUGUCAAAGAUUGAAUUUUGUAAAAUAUUUGGAAAUAUUGUAGAACAUUCAUCAGAAGCGACUGAAGCAAUUGAAGAGUUGAGGCCUUUUGAGCAUGUCAGCCAGUUGGAAAAUUUAUUUUGUAACUUUAUUGAAUAUCUCGAUGACUCUGAAAAAGAAAUUAUUUUAAAAAAUCAUCCAGAGUUGACGGGAGAAAUUUACAAUGAAAAAAUUUUGACAACAGAGUCUCAAAAUGAGCAGAAGAUCGCGGGAAUUAAUCAGAUGACUACGGAAGAAAAAAUAGUUUUUAAUAACUUCAAUAAAUUGUACAAAAAUAAAUAUUCGUACCCAUUUGUUAUCUGUGUACGCGAAAACUCUAUAGCUUCGAUAAUUUCAUCUGUUGAAUCGCGGUUGAAGAAUCCGCGAAAUGUCGAGUUGGGUAUCGCAAUAGAAGAAGUCAAAAAAAUAAGCAAGCUGCGCUUGAAAGAUCUGGUUGACUAUUCUUGA